AUGGCGGCUGCACGAGCAUCAUCCCCAGCCAGGGAAGAGUUUGUUUACCUUGUGAAGCUGGCAGAGCAAGCGGAGCGUUAUGAAGAGAUGGUUGAAUUCAUGGAGAGAGUCGCCGAAGCCGUUGACAAAGACGAACUCACCGUGGAAGAACGUAACCUCCUCUCCGUCGCUUACAAAAAUGUGAUCGGUGCUCGUCGUGCCUCGUGGCGCAUCAUUUCCUCCAUCGAACAGAAGGAAGAGAGUCGUGGCAACGACGAACACGUCACCACGAUCCGUGACUAUAGAAGUAAGAUCGAAUCUGAGCUCUCCAAAAUCUGCGACGGUAUUCUUAAGGUUCUCGAUACAAGACUCAUUCCGACUACUGCUAACGGAGAUUCCAAGGUUUUCUACCUUAAGAUGAAGGGAGAUUACCAUAGGUACUUGGCUGAGUUUAAGACUGGCCAGGAGAGGAAAGACGCCGCCGAGCAUACCCUCACCGCUUACAAAGCCGCUCAGGACAUUGCAAACUCUGAAUUGGCUCCAACGCACCCGAUCCGUCUGGGUCUGGCUUUGAACUUCUCUGUCUUUUACUACGAGAUUCUCAACUCUCCAGAUCGUGCUUGCAGUCUCGCUAAGCAGGCAUUUGAUGAUGCUAUUGCUGAGUUGGAUACUCUAGGCGAGGAGUCAUACAAGGACAGUAAUUUGAUCAUGCAGCUUCUCCGUGACAACCUUACUCUCUGGACUUCUGACAUGCAGUAA